ACACCCCCGGCACCCAGUAGGCUGCCGCUUCGGAGCGGCUCCCGGCCGGGCUGGGCUAUUCCCGGCGCUGCCGCUCUGGAGCAGAAGCGAAAGCAGCGGCCCGAAUGAGGAGGACUGCGGAAGUGCCCACGCCCCCGGCUGCACUGGAGCCGAGAGGCUGGUGUGCCGGCCCCUCUAGGACCCGGGCUCUUGCGAGUCUGUCCCGCGCCUUCUCCCGCAGACGGCGGCCAGGCGGGUGGUGUCAGCGGGAUGCUGCUCCAGCUGAGCGCCGAGUUUGAUCUCCAGAGCGAUGUGGUCCCGUGGCUCUUGGCGCAAGGUCCGGCAGCGGCUCUAGACACUUUAGAGAAGAAUGCAGCAACACCGUACGUAGUAAAUGUUGAAAGAAAUGGAAAAAUUAUUUAUACUUGGAAGGGAAAUGGGAGUACCUGCAUUGGAUUAUAUGAUCCUCUUAAUAAACAAAAUGAGCAUCUGUAUACCUUUGAAAAAGAUCUACACGUAAUCAGUUGUUCGAUCAACAAUGAAAAGACAUUACUAGCAGUCAGUUUUCUUCAGUCAACAAAGGAAGAAAGACUAAAUCAGCUACUGCAGCCAGUAUCUAAGUGUUUGACCUUGCUCAUUGAAAUUCACCCAGUUAAUAAUCUAAGAGUCCUAAAGGCUGUGGAUACCUGUAUCAGAGUACAGUUUCUCUAUCCAGCUGCAAACAGAAAUCCUUUUCAAGAAAGCCAUCUCUUACUAAUUUCAGAAGAUAAAUAUAUUGAACAAUUUCACAUUCAUGUUGUCACAGAAGAUCACCACAAAGUGGUGAUUCAAAACUCAGGCCAGCUCCCAAGAGACAGAGUUGCAGAUGAUCUCAUUUGGGCACAAUGGGAUAUGACAGAACAAAGACUCUUCUACAUUGUUCCAAAGGAAUCAAGGAAUAUCUUAAAAUGUAUCCAGUUUUACCCUGAUGAAAACUUUAAUUUAAUACUUGAAGCAUCCCUGGACAUCUCUUUAAGAAACAUAGGAUUAAAAUUUGUGAAUUUUGGCUAUGAUUACUCUCAAGACCAAGAGAUGGAACCUAGAUCUCUGAAUCUGCAAGUUUUUACCAGUAAAACAGGAAGUUUUUGUCUGUGUUGUAGCCAGGCUCCUGAUAUUCCGAAGGAGGUCACGUACUCAGUUUCUUUUUUACAUAAAGGUUACAGCAAAACCUUUACAGUUGCUCUACAAAGAACAGAUUACCCACAAGUGAAGGAAGCAGCUUUUUUGAAUCUUGACUAUUACGUGGCUGUUUAUUUGCCUGGCCACUUUCUACACCUCCUCAAUACUCAACAUCCUGACCUGAUGUGCUAUAAUUUGUUUCUGACAGGUGAGGAUGCGAGAAUCAGCAUGCUGCACAAAAGUUCCAUCCAGUCCCCGUUCAAGUCAGCUGUCUGGGACUGCUGCUCAGAAAGAAUGUUUACUGUAAGAAUAAAUGAGAGCUCCUUGAUGCAAUUCCUCUGGAACAGCAAACUGGACAGUGAUAAACUGGCAGCGCUGCACUGUGCUCUUCUACAUGUCAGAAGUACAACAGAUUUGGAAAUGCAGAUUAUUCAGUGGAUUUCUGAGAACCUGUCAGUAUGUUCUACAUUUGACCCCUUACAGGAAUUUAUCAUUGCUUCCUUAUACUGGGCAAUGUGUCCAGAGACUAGCAAGCUGGAUAAACUUUUGCCAUAUACGUCACUGCUGUACUGGAAUGGGAUUAUCCCUGGAGUAACAUGCAUAACAGAGAUUAUUUCUUUACCUGAAUUAAAGGUUCAAAAUUGUAAAGGCUUCUGGGAAAAGCUAAACUUAAACCUGGAGUGUGCGAAGUACGCCGAGCCACACUUGCAUUACAACAACAAUGUGCUCAGGAGAGAAUGGUGUAAGCUACUUUCAGAAGAGGUAAAUGAACAGAUCAGAUAUUACAACUCAAGUAAACUCUGCAGUGAAGAGAAGCCCUUAGAUUCUAAUGGCAUCUCACAGCCCAAGGUGCUUUCCAAUCUUGCUGCAUGGAACUUGGAGGAAAGGCUAGUUCCUCUUUUUCAAGAGGAAGACUACCCGCAGCGAUUAUUAAUCGGACUAAUGGUUGCUCAGUUGAAAGAUCAUCUUAUGAGGCAUCUACAAUAUGUUGGAAAAAUGAAGGUUGACCAGAUAGUUCUGGAAUAUGUUUCAAAACUGCUGGAUCUGAUCUGUCGGAUAAUGGAAGCUGUUUGGAGGAAAUACAGUCUUCAGUCCUGCGUUCUCUGCUUGGACGAGCGAGGAAGCGCGGCAGAGUGUGCAGCUUUCCACGUCAUGAGUCGGAUUCUAGAAGCUGUCAAUGGAAUGUGUAUGCCCCUGCCUCCUGGUUUUCAUACUUUGCACAUAGGGCUUGGAGUUAGAUGUCUGCCUUUGCAUACCCUGCUGCAUUACAUUGAUAAUGGGGUGUUACAGCUGACUGAGACAUGUGCUAUAAAACUUUUGAAAGAUCUGGACAACACUGAGAAGAAUGAAAAGCUAAAAUUUAGUAUCUUUACAAGGCUUCCUGAGGCAAUUGGUCACAAGGUCAGUCAGCUGUGGAAUCAUCCUGUCAACUCUAAUUUUAUUGCAAGGAACUCCGUUAAACUUUUGCUUGAUAAACUUAGGAACAGACAGCAUAACAGACCAGUGGGGGACAGACUGUCCAUCCAUCUAGAGUUUCUGCCACUUAACUACUUAGUUGAUAUGCUGGCAGAGGUAGAGGAUCAAGGUCUGAAUCCAUUUGAGGAAGAAGACAAUGUGAAUGCAAAAUUUGUAGAGGAAACAGCACUGAAACACACCAUGAUGCUUUUAGGCCUGUAGUACUGCUAAAAUAU